AUGGGAGACGUUUCCUUGGCCAGUUUUACAAACUCGACAAACAAAACUAGCGGACAAGGCGACACAGCAGAUGUACCUCCGGUGGCUGGUGCCAUAAUCAUAAUCAUCAUCAACACCAUCACUUUUCCCUGCACAGUUGUGCUCAACGUACUUGUGAUAAAGGCUGUGAAAACGACGCCUCGACUCCGUACCAACAGCAACAUCUUGCUGGCCUGUUUAGCGGUGACCGACGCCUUAACUGGUCUCCUUGGCCAGCCAUUGUUUGUCCUGUGGAAGAUUUUCCUCUUAGUUGGUCUCAGUAACAGUAAAAUAGUUGAAAACUGCAAUUACGCAAUUGUGAUUAUAACACUUACAGCUUCAUUCUUUCAUCUGAUGUUCGUUACUUUCGAGAGACUCAUAGCUAUCAAAUUUACAAUGCAGUACUCAAACAUUAUAACUGAUAAUAGCAUGAAGAGAGCAGUGUUAGUAGCUUGGAUCAUUUCCUUUAUUUUUGGAGUUUUUGAUGUGAUAGAAUGGGAUCUAGUAUUACGUUCUCUGUCUGGUGUUCUUACUGCUUCAUGUAUUAUUUUCCUUUCUGUCGCUUAUUUCAUCAUGUAUCGUGAAACACGUCGUCACCAAGAGAAGAUUAAAACUCAGCAAAUGCCCCAGGAAGAAGUGGAAAGAUUUACCAAAGAAAACAAAGCGCUUAAGACAACUUUAUAUGUAGUUGGUGCUGUUUUUGUUUGUCUUCUUCCACUUUGUUUCUGUCUUAUUGUUAUAGCUACAGGUCUUUCUGAAAGUUGCCCCAUCGAUCUGUCAUUGAUGCAAACAUGUGCCAUGUUUAACUCGUUUGUUAAUCCACUGAUUUACUGCUGGAGACAAAAAGAGAUGAGACAGGUCAUUUUUGGAAUAAGACCCGCGGUAGUGCAUAUACACAACCAGUGAAGGAAGGGAAUUUGGUAGAAAGUGUUAAAACCUUAAGUACCACAUAUGUAAAAUUUGCUGACGUCUUUUCCAGCCACUGGAUAAACAAAAUUCCUGAGUUACUGUUUUUUUUUUGGUAAUUAUGUUUUCGGGAGGUGAUUCGUUAACCGCCUGCAAAUUACAAAGUUACUUUCAAUUGUCCCUGUUUUCUAAAGUUAUAAUAAACAGUGAAUACAACUUUUUGUUCGUUCUUUUUUCUCUAGUUCUCGUUAAAUGGUUUAAGAAAAGAACUACGCGUUUUCCCACGAAAAGGUUUUUUUUUUAAUUGUCUCCUUAAACACAAGGGAAUACUAAUGAGUAUAUAGGAUUUGCGUUAUGUCCCAAAUACAACAGGCAAGUUGCACAACCAAUGCUAUGCAAUAUUAUGGAAGAUAUUCUUUUUAAUGUUCUACAAUUACAGCUAUUUAGGCAGCUCUUUAUUAGCUCGUAGCGUUUCUGAUCAACUGAUUGCAUGUCAGUUAUCAUAACGAUAAUAGUUUCUACUGACCUGGAGCGUAUUUCAUGCCUGAUCAACUGAGGUUAAAAGUAUCAGAGUAACCACGACAGCCUAUAGAAUUUCGUCAUUACUUUCCGGAUUUCAGUGAUCUGCGGCACCUCAGAUAGUAACAAUUUUUGCUCGCGACCCACGUCUACAAUAUCCCUUCAUGCACAAGUGCAAUUCCACGCUAAAUAUCCUCUCUUCGAUAGCCAAUCAGACCGCGAGUUUACCUCUAGCUAUGCGAUUCUAUUAUAUACUAAUUUAUUAUGAUUAUUAUUCCGACGCAGAUAGCAGCGUAAAAUCGCACAUUCUAUAGACUGUGUUAGUCACAUAUUACGCCGUUAUCUAUAUUCACAUCAUCUAGGGGAAACUAGAAAACUCGAUUGGCGACGGAAGCGCAGAAGUCCGUCAAUUUCCGGACAGCAAAAUUUGCGGCAACUGGACUUCUAGCAAACCAAGGGAGUGCAUUUGACAUGCCUUCACUCGUCUUAAAUGUUUCAUAAUUCUCUCAAUUGGAGUAAGCUUACUCAUAUUAAAUGACAGCAACAUGAAAAAUACAGCAUGACACACUGCAAGUUCGUUGCGUCAUACGCUUAGCUAUUCGGUGCGAUAUUCGGUGUACGCAUCAACGGUCUCAGUUGUAUUAAGGACAGUUCUUGAAAGUUCGGUAGAGAAGUGUUAAUGAAAUUAAAUAAGAUUUUCGGCUACGUCGACAAUAAAGUUAGAUUCAGAGUCUAGUUGUCGGCAAUUUUACCAACUGACGAGAUCGAUUACUACAUGUUUUAGUCUAGGAUCGUACGAUAAACCCGACAACAAUGACCGUCUGUCGGUGCUUUUACUGAAGCCUAAUAUCAUACAUAAAAUCGGUCCGUAAAACCGUCCGUAAGCUCCUUUUCCUUGACAUUUUCCCUUCUGUAGUAAAGGCGUGCAUGGAUAGAAAAAAUUUCUUAAGUCUGUUUGUUCUUCGGUGAUGCGAAUUCCUCUGUCCCUAAAUUAUUUUACGUAGAUUGUAUAAUUUAUUGCAACUUUGCGCUUAUUCUUAGAAUCACAAACAUUAGCACAUACAUCCAGCAUAAUAUGGAAACUUUUUGUCGCCAAAUGAACGAUUUAAUUUUGUCAUGUCAUUAAGUAGACGUUUCACAUUUCCCUAAUUGUGAAAAAAACAAGGAUAUCAGUAAAUUAACAAGUGAGUUUAACAUGGUACAUUUUUUGCGUAAAUGGGUCGUUGAUAGGGUUACUCUCAGAAAGGCCUGUAGCUUUAACGACGAGACAGAAGCAAAGUGGAAGAAGGCAGAAAAUAACUGAACCAACUAUAAACAUAAUAAAUCUUCAGCGUCUUGUCCUUUUUUUUUCUUUUUAAAUCUUUCCACUUCUUCUUCUCAGUCACCGCUAAACAGGACAGGACUAAUAUCAUACAUAAAAUCGGUAAUGCUGCCUAAUUUUGCUGAACUACCCAAUUUCAAUAUUAAUACAAUCACUAAUUUCCGCAAGAUCCACAGUAAAUUUACUGCGGUGAGAAGAGGAUCUCAGAGCUGACUGGCCACGCCAAUCCGGAAUCCAUAUCCAGCUACUGCCAAAAUCUUCUGAAAAAACAGCGUCUUAUACCGAGUAAGUUGGCUGGUUUCAAGCCAAGCACGACGACUUUCAACAGCGAUUCAAGUGAUGCUUUACGGGAGAUUGUUCUCAACAGCUCAGCCCCACCAAGCAACACAUCAGCUACGAGUAACCGUGUCAGCAGUGCCAGUCGUUCUAGUUACCUGAUGGAAGGGCAGUUGGCGGGAUGUUUACUGGAGUAACGUUUGAUAAUUCUUUAGUAAAUAUUUCCAUUUGUUUUUUUCUCCGUUCGUGAGCGGGCGGUAUUCUACAAAUCCUGCGAUCCGAUUGGUUCCGAGAGCGGGCAGUAUUCUCUCCGUCCUGCCCGCUCACAACCAUCGCAUCGCAUUUCGCAACCAUUUGUUAGGUUUUAGAAAAAAAAUAAAAAUGUUAUUCACCAGCCAAGGUCGGUCCGUAUUGGGAAAAACUGUUCCCUCUGUCUUGUGUACCGCCCAAGACCUCGGGCACAGUUUUUCCCAAUACGAACCUCCCGUCUGGUGAAUAACAUAUAUAAACUUUUAGUCCAACAUGACACCAACAAGCGACUCUCUGCGACUCUGUUUUUUUGAGCUUUUUUUGAGCUAUUUUUCGUAAGAGUUUACUGAGAAAUUCCAGUCUUAAUGAUUACAUUUUGGACACAAUUUUUCAUAACCAUAAAGCUCUUAGCGGUUUUUUUGAAGAUCUUAUUUAAAUACCGAAACGCUCGAAAUUUUCCUUUUGCUUAAGCAUUUCAGUUGUUGAUUGUCGGCGCCAUAUUUUGGCAAGUUGUAUGGUAGCAGGCAAAUCCAAGAUAUUCACUGUAUGAAAGAAUUUUUCUGUAAAAUCUUUGUCCUAAAUAUCUCUGUAUUUUGUACUUUCAGUUUUUUUUGCUGAAGAUUAUAAAAUGUGAGGCACUGCUCUCUCCACGAGAUUCACUGAAACCUAUAUCGCGAUUCCUGCGAUACAGGUUUUCGCGUGCAAUUUAACGCGGAAUUCACGAGACAGGAAAUGAAUUUUCCUAUAGAAUUAUAUUAACGGCGUAAAAUUUACAGUAUAUAUAUUAACGACUGGAGGAAAUUACGCCGUUUGUUAUAGGCGUUAAAUCUUAUCAUAGAUACUUUAUGCCAUUAUCUAAUUGCCGCUAGAUAAUCAUUCAGUCAAUCACUAUUGUUGCCUCAGCAAAGUGAAACAUUACCCUCCCAACCAUGAAGCUAUGGUCACAAUUGGAUCGAGGGAAUAUGGAGAUAGUUAGCGCCAACUGCGAACGGACAUCUCCAAUAUUUUGGCAAAUAAGAUCAGCAUAGUGAGCUAAGUGUCAACUGAAGUCAAUGACAAACAUCUCUGGGAUAACUUAUUUUUAUUUAUUUUUUUUUUGCUAUUGUACCUUGAAUAUGUCGCGAAGGUCAUCGGUUGUAAAAAGCGAAGGCCAAGUUAACUUACGGGAAUCUAUCGUUCCACUUUCACAUAACACAUGUUUCCUUGGAAGUGUUUUCCGCUUUAGUUUCAGAGGGUAGGUAUUGAACUCAAACUAUGAGUUCAGGAUACGGUGGACCUUCGCGGGUAUCCUUUGCAAAAAGAGUAUUUAAUGUGCUGUUUGAAGCACAAGCACCAUAAAUUAUAAUGUUAUCAAUGGAAAAGUUAUGAAGUGUACGUACUAUUCGGCAAAAAUUAUUUGUUUUCGCUUGAUGCAAUCGUAAACCGAAUGGGGUGUACGUUAAUUCGAAAUGAACGAUGUUUCUUUGAGCGAAUUGUUCGCACAUCAAAUCUGACCGCACUAAUGAGACUUCUGCACGAUCUUGAUCCUGAGUAGCUGGUCUUCAAAACCGUGUGGGAAUUUUUCGAUAUUCCUAUUGAUUACUUUGCAAUUCAUUUGUCAAGUUUGCUGAUCAAAAUUUUAGCGACGCACUACGUCGAAGGCCAUUGGAGGAGAUCUAUUUGAAAAACGGAGUUCCCCCCGGACCAAAUUUCAAGGCAAUCCGUUAAGUUUACGUACCUCAUUAAUUCGUUUAAAGAAGGCUCAUUCGCGUAAAAACGAAGUAGGUUUUCUUUUUUGCUUUCAAAAUUUUCCCAAUAAUUCACGCUAUUGGAUGACAACUUGUCAAGUUAUGAUUACACUCUAAUAAAUUCGAAAUGCCGACCGCUAGUAGAAACACAUAGGCGCCCUGUAGAGUCUCAGGUGACUCGGAGCGAAAACACUAUGCGAGUAGCUAUGAAAUAGUUUCCCGUGACAGACCUUUAUUUCAAUUUUGCUGAACGAUAAUUUUUAUUUCAACUAUUUUUAUUUUCAAAUGAAAGCGCCUUAGGCAAGCCGCGGCAAACCUUGUGGUUACUGACGGAGUGCGAGCAGCGAAGAUUGUCUAAACCACGAGCCUUUAUCCGUUUCGGUGAGAUUCUUACGCCUUUGUGCUUUGAAUUUCUUUCUUUCUUUGUGUGGACAUGCAGACUUCUUUUUUACUUUCACCAAUGAAUUCAACCUCUUCUCCUUUUUAUUUUUUUCCGUUCACAGUCUAGUUUUAAACGCAGGUAGAUAGCAAAGAUCUUUAUGUGUAACCGAAAUCAGGAGAUGUUAGGCGAUUGGAAUUCAUAGAUCAGGAUGUUUUGCCGCAAAAAAAAGAAAAAAGAAAAACCAUCGGUAGUCAUCUUUGUUGGCUAUCCAUAAUUGGCGAGCAAAAGAAUUCAGUUCGAAAAUAUGUUUUAGUAAAUAACUCGGGCGCAUUUUAAUAAUUUACCAAAAGUUUUCUUGAAAACUCUAGCUCCCGCUUCCAACUCGUAGAACCUGCGAAACAGGUCGUAUGACAAAGAGAAAAGUUUGCACAAUCACGUCACGCAAUAUAUCAAGCUGGGUUUGUCCAGUUGAUUUUGAAGGUCGCAGGGAAAUGUCGAGUUUGUCGCUAAAAACCGUUGUGGUCCAUAAGAGCGUAACAUCAUUAGUGAUGGAAACAAAUCUGCGGAAAGGAGGGUUAGUUCAUCGGGUUCCGUAUACUAAAUCUCGGGAGAAACUGCCAGAAUUAUUUCAGAGUGUAUGCGUGUUGUUUUGUAAAUAUAACACUGCAACCUAUUUUAACUUGUUUUUCUGUCCUUUCAAGCAACGUGAUAUGUCUGUUAUGACCAGCAGAGUGCCAAAUUUUAUUCUUUAAUUUUGAUCUUCUCCACACUUUGCAUAAUUCAUGACCUGAUAUUUCAACGCAAAUUAUCGAGAAGGCGCCUUCCGAUCACCUUUGUCUACUUUGUAAGUCACGCAAGCGCGCAAGCGUUACGACCGAUCACGUUUACGCAACGUUUUAGGACAACACGGCAUCUAAUCUCCAUUCAGUUGCUGUGAAAACCUAAAAUCCUCAACGUAGAAGAUAAACGAACGAAGUUUGAACUGUCAAAAGAAGAUCUUGGUCAAUUCCAAGAAUCAUGCAAAUGAUCUUUGACACCAGCGCAAUUGAGCAAACACAUGGAUUUGCGUUGUUUUUAAGAAGUUGGUGGAUGGAAGCUUUGAGAAUAUACCUCAAUUGGUUCGAAACUAGGAUAUGCUUUUUCGGCCCGAAUCAACGUAAAAGUAGUGAAUUUUUGAUAUGCUGAAUACAAGGGUCUCCUUGAUCAAUGAAAAAUAUUUCUUGAAGUUUCCAUAUUUUGUCUGUGAACUAACUGAUAGAAUUCCGUGAAGAUAGAAUUCCGUGAGUUACAUUGUUGCAGUCGCUGCGCGCUAGACAAAAUCUUUGAAAUUGGCACUUUCGAUCGCUGUUCACAGAGGUGGUCUGGCCAAAAAUCAUUUUUGGGUUGUGGCGACGCAAAAAAAGAGAAUUGGAGAACAACUAAACUAUUUUUGAAAUGUGUGUCCUAAACCCUUUUCAUGGGCAAAAAAUAAGAGAAAACUUUUUUCCGACGGAAAGUCGAGAGGACCGCUCUUAGCGAGAGUGGCACUUAAAAAUAAUAAUAAAUAACUGACCCUCGAAGGUCUACCGUAUCUUUCAGUGCUAUGAUUGAUCCGUCCCAUGUGUGCACACUUGACUUUUUCUCGCGCAUGAAUUAAAAUAGAUUUUGUUUACAUAAUCAAUAAUGUUGCUUCUGUUAUUGAGAAUUACAUCAAUUUCGCUUGGUGCCACUAAAGAGAAUGUUAAAUGGGACGAAUAAACGAGAGAGAAUAUGAAAAGAUUAAGAGGGUCGCACGAAAUGACUGGCAAUUACCUUCGAAUUUUUGAGGCUUAUUUAGGUUGGUAUAGUGAGCUGAGGGUUUACUUAUGUGUGAUGCAUAAAUAACAUGGAUAACAAUUGAUCUUUUUGUCGCUACUUUGGCCUUUAUCGUCCGUUGCGGUCACUGGCGAAAGCUUUGGGUGAAGUGAUAAAGCCUCUCCGAUCAACUUGAGUGCUUGUAUUCAUGUUCAGUGUUUCAUAUUCCGCUUUGUUCUGUUUUAUUGUUGUGCAGAUGUGGACAGAGAAGUCAUUCCCAUGAGAUGCUUAUAAAUCACUAGCUUAAAGGGUUACAUUGACCCCUGUAUUUAUCUUCCUCCGAUUUCGUGGGAGGUUAAACAUCUAGAAGAAACAGUUCUUCCUGAAGACCUAGUUCAUUUGGACUGAGCUCCCAUUUCGACAUGGCAAAUUUCUCCUUGGCUAGUUUCAUGAACGCCUCGAACAUCAACGAUAGAGAAGUAGAUGUCCUAUUGGUUGCUGGUUCUAUAAUCAUAAUCAUCAUCAACACCAUCACUUUUCCCUGCACAGUCAUUCUCAACGUACUUGUGAUAAAGGCUGUGAAAACAACGCCUCGACUCUUUACCAACAGCAACAUCUUGCUGGCCUGUUUAGCAGUAACUGACGCAUUAACUGGUCUCCUUUGUCAGCCUUUGUUUAUCCUGUGGAUAAUAAUACUAUUAUUCGGUCUCAGUAUUAAUGCAGCAGUUGAACAUUUCGGUUCCACAUUUAUUGCUGUAAUGCUAACAGCUUCAUUCUUUCAUGUGAUGUUGGUUACAUUCGAGAGACUCAUAGCUAUCAAAUUUACGAUGCGAUACUCAAAAAUUGUUACUUACAAUAGCAUGAAGAUAGCAGUGCUAUCAGUUUGGAUCUUUGUUUUCAUCAAUGGUGUUUUAAGAAUGACUGUCUACAUAGUAUCCCGUUAUUUAACAGGCCUUAUCACUACUUCAAACAUUCUUUUUCUUGCUUUCACUUACUUCACCAUCUACCGAGAGACACGUCGGCACCAAAAAAUGAUAAAAACUCAGCAGCUUCCCCAAGAUGAAGUAAAAAGGUUUGUCAAAGAGAACAAGGCGCUUAAGACAACUGUGUUUAUAGUUGGUGCUGCUACUGUUUGCCUUCUGCCUAUUUGUUUCUGUUUUAUCGUAAAAACUACAGGCUUCUAUGAGAUUUGCCCCAUCAACGGACGAUGGAGGUUGACAUGUCUCAUGUUUAACUCGCUUGUUAAUCCACUGAUUUACUGCUGGAGACAAAAAGAAAUGAGAAAUGUCAUUUUUGGACUGAGAACCCGGAUCGUGCCUGUAGAUAUCCAGUGA